UGAAUCCAGACAACAUAUCCUAUUAGCAAUCAAUGUAAGAAAUAAAUCACAAAAUCCACACUCUAUUUGAAAAUGACACCUCCUCGAUCCGGCAACACAUCUAAAAAAGCCAACAAAAAGGAGAGUAGUAAAAAGAAGCCGUCCUCUUCUUCUGCGCAAGCACAACCACGCCGAACCACCAGCAAAACCGAUCCCAACCAACAUCAUCAUGCCGCUCAUAAAAAUCAUGAACUCAACAUCUCCACCACCAUCCCGCUGACACUCCAACAACUUCUUCUUAAUGUGUUCAAAACCGCCUUGCUCACAAAUGGGCACAAUUACCUCUAUAAUCGAGAGGAGACGAAGCAGAACGAUGAUGAUGAUGCUACCACGUCUGAAGCCACUGGUGAUUCAGCAGAGCAACAGCAGCAGGAGCAACUAGACAUCAAAAGUCUGAUCCAGACGAUCAAAACCCAUUUAUAUAAUCGGGACUUUGACUCCGCUUUCACAGAUGCAAAUGAGGAUUUGCUUCGUGCUUAUGCGUUGCGGUGGAGCUCGUCCAGGGCAUUGGGGUAUGCGGGCAUCUUUCGUGCGCUGUUGAAGGAGGUAAUUAAGCUUGUUUCUAAAGAUGAUGGUGCUGCUGCUGCUGCUGCUUCUACGAAGAGUGUCGUGUGUAUUGGGGGUGGCGCGGGCGCUGAGAUUGUUGCGCUUGCGGCUGCUUGGAGGGAUUUUCUGGAUGGUGCUGAACUACCAUCUUCUUCUGCAAGUGAAGAGGGCCAGAUUGCGGAUGCUGUUAAGGCGGUAUCCUUGGAUGAUGAAAAAGAAGAAGAAGAAAAACAACUAACUUCUACUUCUACUUCUGCUACUGCUACUUCCACCUACCCCGGCCUCUCCGUCACGGCGGUAGACAUCGCAGACUGGUCAAAGGUAGUCGAGCGCUUAUCCACCGCUAUUCGAUCUCCCACAGUGACUGGGUCGAAGUCGCACCCUGCUCCGUUGUUACCCUCCAGUGGAGACGAAGAGAAGAAGAAGACACCCGGGUUCAACGUCCAGUUCGAAAAGCUAGAUGUUCUCUCCGCGGGGGAGAAGGAACUCCAGGUAUUAUUCUCACGGCAGGGCGCGGAGUCAUGCUCUACUGUCUUGGUGACGUUGAUGUUUACUUUGAAUGAACUGUUCUCGACGUCCAUGGCCAAGGCAACGGGGUUUCUGCUACGUAUGACGGAUAUGUUGCGGCCUGGGACGGUGCUGCUUGUGGUGGAUAGUCCCGGGAGUUAUUCGACGUUGAAGUUGGGGAAGGGUGGUGAUGGGGAAGUGCGGGAGAGACAGUAUCCGAUGAAGUUCCUGUUGGAUCAUACGCUGCUUUCGGUAGCGGAGGGGAAGUGGGAACGCUUGCUGUCGCAGGAUUCGAGGUGGUGGAGAAGAGAUGCGGCCAGGUUGAGGUACGAUGUUGGGGAGGGGGCUGGGUUGGAGGAUAUGAGGUUUCAGGUUCAUGUUUAUCGGAGGGUGGGGAAGUAG